CUCCCGUUCAGCCCUCCGCGUCCCCUCAGGGCCGGGCGGGACAAGAGAGAGUGUGACGCCGGUGACGUCACGGCCCGCGUCUCCGCCAUCUUCAUUGUGGGCAGAGAGGCAGCCCCUUCGGCCGAGCUGAGGGCGGGCGGGCGUGCGGCCGGCUGUCGAUGCUGCGGCCCGGCGGGCGCGGGCUCCUCCUGGGCCUGGCGGCUGCGGCGGCCGCGGCGGUGGCGGCGCGGCUGGUGGGCUGGUGGGGCCCCCGCGCCGGCUCCCGCCUCUUCACCCCCGGGGAGCUGGCCCGCCACCGCGGCGGCCCCGGGGAGCCAGGCCUCUACCUGGCCCUGCUCGGCCGCGUCUACGACGUGUCCUCCGGCCGCAGGCAUUACGAGCCCGGGGCUCCCUAUAGCGGCUUCGCAGGCCGAGACGCAUCCAGAGCGUUUGUGACUGGGGACUACUCUGAAGCAGGCCUUGUGGAUGAUGUAUCUGACCUGUCACUUUCUGAGAUGCUGACACUUCAAAAUUGGCUAUCAUUCUAUGAGAAGAAUUAUAAAUUUGUUGGAAGGGUGAUUGGAAGGUUCUAUGGAAAGGAUGGGCUACCCACCUCAGAACUGGCCCAGGUAGAAGCCAUGAUCCCCAAAGGCUUGGAGGCAAACAAGCAGGAACUGGAAGAGAAGAAGAAGUUUCCACCAUGCAACACGGAGUGGAGCUCAGCCCGGGGCAGCAGGUUCUGGUGCUCCCAAAGGAGUGGAGGCGUGAGCAGAGACUGGACUGGUGUCCCCAGGAAGCUGUACAAGCCAGGUGCCAAGGAGCCCCACUGUGUGUGUGUGAGAACCACCGGUCCCCCUAGUGACCCAGCACCAGACAACCCUACACACAGAAAUCGUGGGGACUUGGACCACCCCAACGUGGAGGAAUAUACAGGCUGCCCACCCCUGGCCACUACAUGCUCUUUCCCACUCUAAGCUGGUGCCCUGUCUGUUGAUAAUGCACAGAGAAGCCCAAUGAGCCCUGGCUCACCUGCAGUAGGAUGGCUCCUGACAUCGAACAAGAGGGCCAAAGAACUCCGGCCUCUGCAAAUGUGGCCAUGACCCUCACCAUGGGCUCACCAUUCUGGUGACCGAGGCCAGAGCUGGGCAGCUCACCUAGUACUGGUCAGUCCGUUUCUGCCACUAUUCCUCUAGAUGUACUUGCCAUCCUUUUUCAGAGCCCUCAAAUAUUAACACAAAUAUGACCAACUGAAAACUGGACAGACAAGCAAAGGGCUCUAAGCUCCAAUCCUUCCCACGGACUCCCAGGCUGCCAGAUCAACUGCUGGACUGGUCAGGGGCACUGGCAAAAAGGCACAUCACUCUCUCACAACUCAGAAACAAGAGGAUACAUCCAGAAAAGACCAAAAAUGAAUGAAUGAAUGAAUGAAUGAA